AUGCGUCUCCAAAUAGUCGCUGGCGUAUUGGCUCUGCCAAGCGCAGCCAUUGCUCUCUCCGAUUCGACACCAUGGGUGCUGCUGUCCACUUCAACACUUCAAGAUGCUGUCAACCACAAUCAGAUUCAGACCAUCUCAGAAGUAUCGCAGUAUACAAAAGACUUCCUUUCUACAUGCCCUACCGAUCAAUAUUAUAUCAUCACUCAAGCUGGCGGCGUCCACGCCGCUGACCUUCGUCGAGGGAACGAGUGUGCAAUGCCGCAUUUGUGCCGAGCCGCCGACGAUGACCGGAUCCAAGGGCGAUACACUGUGUCCGAAGUCUUAAGAAAAGCCACAGAUACGGAUGUUCAAUUCGCUGAGCACAUCAAGUCCGUGUGCGCGAAGAAGAAAAAGUCCGUGACUGUGGAGGAGAUUGUUUUGGCUUCCCUCGGUGUCGAGAACAGAGCCAACGCGCUAUCUGACAACGAUGCGUUCCUCGCGAGUAAGCUUGAGGCAGCGCAGUCCAGCAGCUACACCAUCUUGCUCUACUCCGUUCCCCAGGAACCGGCGUAUGAACCAGAGUUCCUCGACUUGCUGCACAUGGAUCUCAAGCGGGAUAUGCAGAGUGUGCCAAACGUUCCAAAGAAAAACGAGACGCUGCGAGACACUCGUCCGCUUUUCGAGAAGUACCAAUUCUUCAGCCCAGGAAUAUUCAUGGCCCUCAUUGUGGCACUCCUUCUCCUAUCCAUUCUUUACGUUGGUAUCAAAGCGCUGUCAAGUCUCGAAGUUUCCUACGGCGCAUUUGAGAAGGAGAUGGGGCCAGCUGCCCAGAAAAAGCAAUCGUAA